AUGCGGUAAGUAAAACGACAGUUUUACAAAACAUGACUUCCAAUGAACUGUUUUGCGGCUAACCUAAAAGUACUCUAGUAUUAUUUAUAAUAUAUGAUAGUUAUACAAAACACAUUUAUAAUUCAACAUUUCAACUUUAUUAAAUUUGGUAAUAUAUAAUAUCCCAGACUUCAUAGAGAACAAUUGUAACCUAAAAUUGGUUAUUUUGCUUUGUAAUUAAUCUUGUUAUUGCCAAACGUCUAUUAUGCAGUAGUAUAUGGCCAAGGUUCGUACAAGCUUAUUUAUAAAUUCGUGUCAUAUAUUCGUAAGAAUAUAUAAAUGACAAAAAAUGUGUAUGGCUUUACACAAUUACAAUCAAAAAACAGCUCUCAAACGUCGAACUUUUAUGUACCUUCAAUUAACAAAAACCUUAAUUUCUUACAAAUAAAUAGCCGUUUUACUAUACACCUUGUUUGCUUUCCCAAUGUGACCUUCUGUUUUGUAUUACACUUUUACCUAUUUAUUUGUAAUGCGUUGUUUAAUAUAGAUAAAAACAAAUUUCAUAAUAAAGAACUUUUAUCUAAUAAAAUCCAUCUAAAAAAAUCAAAAAAUUUACUUAUAAAAUUUUUAUUUUAUUUUCUUAAUAAUGCUCUUCUCUAAUCAUUUUUAAAUGCUAGUCAUAAGAUGAGGUACAUAAUUAUUUAAUUACGCUUUAUUUUACAUGGGUCCUGGUACGAAAACGAACGUCACAAAUGUUUGGCUUUCUGCAAUAGGUGGACAGGAUUUUUUAGAAUUCGCGAGCUAAUUGUAAGUUUGGUUCGAUCGAAUGUGCAUAAAAAUUUUGUUAGUAGUUUUGCAGUUUUGCAGUUUUAAGAUUUUUUUUAUUUAAAGUUUUUUAGGUUUGAUAUGGGCAAACUUCACGGAAAGUUGAUUAGGGAAAGGAGGAAGGCGAAGAAAUUAAUACAAAAAGAAAAGCAAAGCAAAGGAAAAUUACCUGUUGUUCGUAAAACGUCUAAACAAAUUGAAGUAAAAGCGACGAAAGUUGGCAACAUUCGUGAACGAAAAGGGAUACGAUGUAUUCAGCCAGACGAAGCUAUGAAAGUUCCUAAAUGUCCUCAUGGUAAGUUUUUUAUUGCAUUUUUUUGUUUUAGGCUGUGAAUAUUACACAUAUUAACGUUUUACUUAAAACCAACUCUUAAUUUUAUUGUUUAGAAUUAGAUAUUGUUGAUAUCUUGAUUAAAAUUUUUUAUUAUCUUUUUUGAUUUAAACAUAAUUUUCUAUUUUUUUUCAUAUAGAAUUUUUUAAAAGCAUAUUUAGGUCCCUGUUUGCUAUUUACGGAUGGAAUUGAAAAUUGGUUUUCUUGUUCUAUUUAUCGUGCAAAUGAGCUAUGUAAUUAUCGUGUCACUAUUACCGAGGGUGGUACUCAUGAUUUUGAAGACGCUUUACAAAUAGUGUAUACAUACGGUUUGGGAAACUCAAGGAGGACGUUUGAGGAAACAAAGAAUAAGAAUGAGUUGAAUUGGUGUGUACGAUGUUUUGCGUAUGUCAGUUUGCCACAUCAACAUCCAGUGGAAAAGCUUUUAAAGUCGGGGGAUCUAAAUUUGAUUGGAAAGCUAUUAAAAGCUCCGAAGGCAAAAAACGAUGGCGAAGCGGUAUGUAGUGCCUUCCGUUUAGGUUUUGAUGAAACUGUUUGUUAUAACUUUUUUUUGUUUUGUUAUUAUGAUAUUUUUAGCAAUACUGGUUCACAGGGGAAGUACUAAGAGUUUUGACAGAGAAUUUGAAGACCUUUGAUUCAAUUUUGUGUAUUGGAUGUCCAACAGUAGCUGAAUUUAUGAGGAAAGCCGGAAAGAAGAUUUUUGUUCUGGAUUAUGAUCAUAGGCUGGUGUGUUUAAUUUAACUAAUAUUUUUUUAUGAUCGCUAAAUAGUGUAGGUUUUUGCCAGCCGCAUUUAACGAUGCGUUUCAUUUGAUUUGCAUUGUUCAAAUGCAAUUUUUUGAUUUAAUAUUAUUCUAGUCCAACUUCUUUGAUCCUACACAGUUUGCACACUACAAUAUGUUGUCUAAUUACUUUUAUGAGGCUGAUGGAGUUGAUUGGACAACAAAGUUUUUCAAAAAUGCAUUUAGAACAGCUUUAGUGUGUGAUCCACCUUUUGGUGUUCAAUUUGAACCAUUGGCAAGAAGUUUGAAAAAGAUUGAGGAUUUACACGCGGAGUUGAAUCCUUGUGGGGAAUUUACGAAAUUUUUGUUUUCACCGGUGUUUAUGAAAAGGUUUAUGAAUGGUUACAGGAUGUUGGACUUUAAGGUGUUGUUUUUAUUUAUUUUUUACUUUUUUAUGCGUUUACGAAACAUGUGGUUUGUUUAUUAGGUAUGAUAAUCUCUUAAAGUUUUUGACAAAAUUGCAUAAAAAAGCGUGUUUAUAGGUUACAUAUGUAAACCAUCGCCAAUUCUCUGAAAAAAGGAAAACUAUUGUUCGUAUUUUUACCGACAUGAAAGAUUUAAAAACUUUCAAACUGCAAGAUGGCUACAGGUAAAGUUUUAAAUAUAUUUUUUUAGAAAAAAAAUUAAAUCUCUUAAAUUAUACUUUGGUUGUUUAAAAAUUUACUUUAUAAUGAUAGUAGUAGUUAUUAUCAGAGUUUUCGAAGGCUCUGGAGCCAGGCCCGGGGCAGAUCCGGAGCUUAAAUUUAAAAAAGGCGGGGUUGAGGCUGCAAAUUAAAUUUGAUUAAUCUGGCUAUUAUUAACGCAUUUGCAAUUAUAGAUUGUGCAAGAAGUGCUCACGGUACGUAAGUGAUGAAAAUGAGCAUUGUAAAAAGUGUAAUGAAUGCGCAACUGAACUAGGACCAACAUACCGGCAUUGUGACAUGUGUGGAAAAUGUGUGAAACCAUCUUAUAAACAUUGUAUUACAUGUCUUAGGUGUCAUUUACCAAAUCGAUGCAUUAAAUGA